AUGGACGCAAGCACGCCCAACCCGCCUCCCCUAGGCACCGAUUCUGUUGCAAAAACAAUCGUCUUCUUUCAUCCCGACCUCGGCAUUGGCGGCGCAGAACGCCUCGUCGUCGACGCAGCAGUGGGCCUGCAAAACCGCGGCCAUAAAGUCGUCGUCUUCACCAACCACUGCGAUCCGACACACUGCUUCGACGAGUGUCGCGAUGGAACCCUCGACGUCCGCGUCCGCGGCAACUCCGUCGUCCCGCCCUCUAUCCUCUCGCGCCUGAUGAUCCUGUGCGCCAUCCUCCGCCACAUCCACCUCCUCCUAACCAUCCACCUGACGGGCGAGCUCGCGGCCCUCAGUCCACGCGCCUUCAUCGUCGACCAGCUCUCCGCCGGCCUCCCUCUGAUGCGGCUCAUCGCCCCCGGCGUGCCCAUCCUCUUCUACUGCCACUUCCCCGACCUGCUGCUCGCCCAGGGCCGCCAAUCCAUCAUAAAGCGCCUCUACCGCGUGCCCUUUGACCGCCUAGAAGAAUGGAGCAUGGGCUUUGCCCACGCCGUGGCCGUCAACUCCAACUUCACCCGCGGCAUCGUGGCAAACACCUGGCCCAACCUACAGAACAAGGUGCCGACAAAAGUCGUCUACCCCUGCGUCGACACCCACACCACACCCGAGGCGGCAGCGGACGAGGCCAAGCUCGCCGCGGGCAAGAAACUAAUCCUGAGCAUCAACCGCUUCGAGCGCAAGAAGGACAUCGGCCUGGCACUCAAGGCGUUUGCCCGGAUCCCCGAGAAGCAGCGACGCGGCGCGCGCCUCGUGCCCCCCUCCCCCCUCCCCGCGGCCCGGGUCGGAAUACUAACCGGACCGUGCAAAAGGCGGCUACGACGCCCGCGUCUCCGAAAACGUCCUCUACCACGCCGAGCUCCAGACGCUCGCGACGUCCCUCUCGCUGGCGCACCACACCGUCACGCCCUCGGGGCUCAGCUCGGCCGCCCUCCCGGACGACGCGCAGGUGCUCUUCCUCCUCAGCGUUCCCAACGCGCUCAAGUCGGCGGGCCCCCCCCCCCCCCCCCCGCCUGCUCGUGUACACUCCGACAAACGAGCACUUUGGCAUCGUGCCCCUCGAGGCCAUGCUCCUUUGACGACCAGCUUGCCGCCAUGGGCGCCGCCGGCCAGCGCCGCGUCAGGGAGUUGUUUGGCCGGGCCAAGAUGGCCCAGACGCUGGACGAGAGCCUGGACCAGAUUGCGAGUCUCGCCGAGGAGCGGCGUGCGUCCGGUGGCGGCGUGGGCUUUGGUGUUGUGGCGGGGUUUAUUGCCGUGUGCGCCCUUUUGGCCGCCUGGUUUCUUGCAUUUUGA